AUGUAUCGUACUGGUAUUACUAGGAGUGUUCGUCAGCUAAGUUCUAGGAGAGCUGGUUUGGUGUGUCGUGCUAGUAGCAAGAACUUAGUUCGCCGAGCUUACUCUUCUGCUGCACACGGUGAGCCUUCUGGCAGCAGUGGUGAUCCUUUACAUUGGUCUCUUGGUGCCGCAGCAGCAUUAUCAGCCAUCUAUUUCGUUUAUCCUUUCGAGAAGAAGCCAAAGGAGAAUAAGGAGGAAGCAAAAGAAGAACCACAACAAGAGUCGAGUGAGAAGUCAGAACAGGAGCCAGAACAGGCCCAGGAGACUGAACAAGAGCCUGAACAAGGAUCUGAGGAAAACUCUCAAGAUAAUGAGUUCGAGCAGAAGGACGCAGAGCCUGAACAGCAAUCUGAGCAAAAGGAACCUAAACAACAAUCUGAGCAGAAGACUCCUGAGCAGCAGUCCGAGCAGCCUGAUCAGAAGCCUAAAAAGGAAGAGGCUGUUACCUCAACCGAUGCUCAUCAAACUGAUAAAGAUGUGAAAUCGGAUGAGGAGAUUCAAAGAACUGAAGAGGAAAAACUGGCACCUACUGAUGAGGAGGCUCAACAAGAAGGUGCAUACAACCCUGAUACAGGUGAAAUCAAUUGGGACUGUCCUUGUCUAGGUGGUAUGGCUCAUGGACCCUGUGGUGAAGAGUUUAAAGCUGCUUUCUCCUGUUUUGUCUACUCAGAAGCUGAACCAAAGGGAAUUGAUUGUGUCGAAAAAUUCCAGCACAUGCAGGACUGCUUCAGAAAAUAUCCAGAGCACUACGCCGAGCAGAUUAAGGACGAAGAUGAAGCUGUAGCUAGUCAAAAUGGUCAAUCUGAGAACGCAAAGGAUGCAGAGAAACCACAAUCAAAGAAUGAACCAAAGAACGAACCAAAGAACGAAUUAAAGAACGAACCAAAAGAGGAACCAAAAGAGGAACCAAAGGAGAAACCAAAGGAGAAACCAAAGGAGGAAUCAAAAGAGGAUAAGUCCAAGGCUGAAUCGAACUCAUCAACCGACGCUACUGAGAAGAAUUGA